AUGGAUGCGCACCAGCCUGCACCCCUGAAUGACUCGGAUUAUGACUAUGACUAUAGGGAGUAUUACAGCUCGGACGCGCUGACGGAUUUCGGACCGUGUGAGAAGCACCAUGUGAAGAAGUUCGGCCGCUCCGCGCUGCCCGUCUUCUACUCGCUCGCAUGCGCACUCGGGCUCAUGACCAACGCGCUCCUCGCGCUGGUGUUCGUCCGGUGUAGGCGCGCGCGGAGGCCGAUGCCCGCGUGCUCGGUGUGCGCGGACCUGCUGCUCAGCGGCACGCUCCCGUUCUGGGCGGUGUACGCGGCGCGCGACUGGAUCUUCGGCUGGCACGCGUGCAAGACGGUCACGGUCGCGUACGUGGUGGCGCUGUACGCCGGUAACCUGUCCCUGGCGUGCACGGUGCUGCGGAUCUACCUGGACGGCGCGUGCGCCCUGGGGUGCCUGGGGCGCCUGGGUGGGCGCAGGUGCGACGCCACGUGGUGCGCGUGCGUGUGGCUGCUGGCCGCGCUGGCCGCCGCGCCGCACCUGAACCACGUGGAGGCGCGUCACUUCCACGGCGAGGACGUGUGCACCUACCACUACGAGCACGCGUACGGGUGGAGGAUCUACGUCCGCUGCCAGCUCAUCCUGCUCGGGUUCGUGGUGCCAUUCGUCGUCGCGCUGGUCGCCGCCCUCCUGGUGUGGCGCGGGAGCGCAGGCGGCGCCCGGAGGCUCGCGUCGGGACUCGCGGGCGUCUUGCUCCUGCUGUGGUUCCCCUACACGGUGGUGAACGUGCUCCACCUGCUGCAGGAGCUCCACCUCAUCUCCGAGUGCGGCGCCAGCAUCCACCUGGACUUCGCCGUCCAGACCACCGAGAGUCUGGCCUUCACGCGCGUCUUCGUGAACCCCCUGGCGUACGCGGUCCUGGACAGGAGGACCAGGAGGGCGCUGACGGACUGGUGCGGGGUGCCGCGCGAGUACCUGCUCCGGGACUCGGACGCCGCCCACAGUGACUCGGGCGACGAGGCCGCCGUGGAGUUGCGGGCGCUCCAGAAUUUCAGCAACCCGGAGUACGAGAGAGGCUGUGCUGAGAGGGAGGGGCACUUCCUACCUCAUGCCACCUGA